UUUGAUCCAGACCAGCACCGGCCAACACCGCUCGUCGAGCUCCCGAAAGAACUCAACCCAUUCUUCGACGAGCGCGUCCACAUCUAUGUCAAGCUGCAUUCGACUCUGCCUGCCGGCAAUGUGAAGUCGCUGCCGGCACUCAAUAUGUUCCAGCAAGCCGGUCUUGACGCCGGCACGGAGCACCGCAUCAAGCGCAUCGUCGAGUACUCGUCCGGCUCGACGGUCAUCUCGAUGGCCAUGCUGGCGCACAUGCGCGGCAUCGACGACGUGAGCGCCUUCCUGAGCAACAAGACCAGCUCGGCCAAGCUGAAGCUCAUGCGGUUCUUCGGCCUCCGUCUGCGUCUCUUCGGCGGGCCAUCGCAGCCGGAGCCGCUCGAUCCUCGUGGCGGCAUCGCCGCAACAAAGCAAGCUGCCGUCGGCGAGCACGCGCUCAACCCCGACCAAUAUUCCAACCCGGCCAACUACGGCGCACACGAACGCUGGACCGGCCCGCAGCUUGCGCGGCAGCUGCCCGAGAUGGAUGUCUUUGUCGCAGGCAUGGGAACCGCCGGCACCAUGACGGGCACCGGCCUCGCUCUCAAGCGUCUGAUGCCGCGGGUUACUCGUGUCGGCGUGACGACGCAGCCAGGCGAUCGAGUGCCAGGACCGCGUGCUGAAAGCAUGCUCAAGCCCGUCGAGUUCCCAUGGCGCGACGCCAUCGAUGCGAUGGAGUGGGUCACCUCGCCCAAGGCGUAUGCGCGCUCGCUCGAGCUUUGCCGCUACGGUCUACUCUGCGGCCCCUCGUCCGGCUUCAACCUCGAGGGACUCCUCCAGUUCCUUCGCGGACACCAAUCACGCGGCACGCUCGACUCUCUGCGCGCCAGUCCCGACGCUCCGCUCCACGCCGUCUUUAUCGCCUGUGACGGCCCGUACCAGUACAUCGACGAGUACUUCGACAAGUGUCCCGCCGAUGCUUUCCCGCCCAUCGAAAAUGAGGGGCUCAUCGACGUCGAUCGCUACCGCUACGACGACGCGUGGGAACUAGGAGCUAGCGACGCGCCCUCCACCCGCCGCACGUCGAUUGCCUCGUCGGACGGCCUGCGCGAGGCAUCGAGCAUCAAGCCGCGCACGCUGGUGCUCGACCUGCGCAGCGCCGAUGAGACGCACGCCAUUGCCGGCAGCGUGCGUGUGCCGCUUGCCAGUCUCACCGCCUCCACGCUCUGUCCCUUCGCCGACGCCGCCGUGCUGGCCCGUCAAUGGCGCGAGCUCGACGAGCUUCUCGACCCAUGCAGCGCUUCGUCACGCAGCCAGAAGCUGCAGCGCCUGCUCGCGUCGCACGCCGGCGAGGUGCUGCUGGUGUGCUACGGCGGCGGCACGGCGCGCGUUGCCAGCUCGGUGCUGCGGCAGCGCGGCCACGAGGCCUUCUCGCUCGCCGGCGGCAUGCGGCGGUGGCAGCACGGCAGCUGGCCGGUGGUGGCGACGAGCGAGGUGCACAAGGGCGAGCUGCUGAUCUGA